AUUUUAUAAAAUUCCCUCCCUCCUCCCUCCGAAAUCCCCAACUUUCCCCCUUAAAAUUCCUUAUUUCCCACAUCAAAGAAAGAAACCCAGAAGCUUAUUCAACUCUAGGGAAAAUCAAAAUCAAAGAACCCAAAACCAGGAAACUAAGGAAACGAUGAGAAAAAGAGAAAAAAGGAUUGGAAAUUGAAAGGUACCGAGUGGGAGGGUUGUCAAGGGCAUGAAAUUUGCAUUAUUUUUCCCACUCUUAACCUAGCAUUUGAUAUCGGUCGAUGCCCACAACGUGCCCUUUCUCAAGAUUUUCUUUUUAUUUACUCAAUCCAACUCCAUUAAUUCCAAUUUUGCAGUGAAAAGGAAAGGAAGAUUUAGUUUUCAAGGAAAAAAGUGUGGAUUCGGUGCAGUUCAGUAGACUGUGAGUAUGAAACCUGCUUGGGAGACUUGUACAGUGUUGCUUGGAUGGAGGACGGUGACAUACAUAAUCUGCGGAAGGAGACUUUGCACCAGUAAUAUGAAAUUGAAUUAGCAUGGACAAUCUCUUCACAUGUUUGGGUACCAAUCCUGCUAAUGAUAACUUCAAAUUCGUCGAUGGGAACUCAUUGUUGCCACCCACCAAAGCUGUUAAUCAACGCUAUGAUGAUCUUGUCCAUUUCCGGGAUAAGUAUCGCAAGGCACCUGAUGUCUUGGUUAGGAAGGUUGAAGCUCAAAAGCAGUAUCGAUAUACUGUCUUUGUUUGUGGCUGUCCUAAGGCAUACCACCCAGCCUGUAUCAAAAAGGAUGAGGCAUUCUUUAAAUCCAAGGCAAAAUGGAACUGCGACAUACACGGAUAAAGAGGGUAUCAGGCAGCAGCAGUUGUUGGCAUUUAUCCCAAGACAUCACAAGCACUACAUUUUACCGAAUUCUGUCAGCAGGAAGGUGCAUUUUAGUCCACAGUUACAGACAGAUCCUAGGGAAAAUUAUCUCCAUGCUAAAUCUCUUCAGCCUUCAGGCUUGCUGAGAACAUCCAAGAUGCUUAUGGUGAGGCAGCUAGCGUUGCUGAACAGGUUUUUCUCUUCUCUCCUGGUUCCAUUUCUUUCAACCAGACUUAUUUUUCUUAAUGUUCAUACAGUUCUAACCCUAUUCUUACAUCAAUGGUCUAUGUCUCAAACCAGGCAUUAUUUUAUUUUCUAACCCUCAUUUUUUAGCAUACUUUUCUUAACAUGGAAGAAUGAUGUUGAUGGCAGUCACAUUAUUUAACACCAAAACCCAUAUUUUACGGGUUUUUCAAAGAAGAAAAAUGCUGAGAAUAGAUGGUCUCUAUAAAAAGAUGGGCUACAAGGACACCAAGUUACUGAUGCUUUACGGGCUCUGAUAGCCAAUGGCGUUGAAGCGGGGACUAUCCAGUGUGGGCGUCCAAAGGAACAGAAGUUUUGGAUCUCGUUUGCGUAUCGUGAUUCUUUUUUUCUUCUCAAUUCUGAUGCUCAUUGCUUUGAGUUCAUUACAAGAUUUCCUUGAUUAAAUAAAUGUAUUAUAUCUUUUAUUACCAAGAUUUACUUGAUUAAGAAAAUGCAUUGUAUGUUUUAUUA